GACUAUAUAAAGUGCCACUUGAGAGACUGCUCUACACAGCGAGAGUGAGAGAUAGAUAGAACAUCGAAGUAGAGAACCCACUUGGGCAUGGAGACAGCUGGAGUACCUCCUCUCAUAUGUUUCCUCUUCUCUUUGCUACUCUCAAUCUCCAAGCAAAACACCCAACUUCAUUUCUCUCCCUAUAACUUCAUCAUCGUGGCAAAACCUAGCUUUCUAACUUUGUUUCUCGUGUUCCAUUUUAUCAUUAUCACCAUCUUUGUAGGAAGACCUAAGUCAUCUGUUGAAGAUUUGGAGGACUCGUUUUCUUCUAUCCCCCCUCCUUCAGUGUAUGAAAUGGACGAAACAAUACAAGAAGUCGAAGUUUGUGGCAGCACUGGCAGUACUGAUGAUGAGGGCUAUGAUGAUAACUAUCAUGUUUCUGAUGGAUAUGUUGAAGAUAUGAAUGAUGAUGUUAAUGAUGCAGAAGGUGAUCAAGAUAGUGAAGAUGAUGCUGUCAGUGAUGCAGAAGGUGAUGCUGUCAAUGAUGCAGAAGGUGAUGCUGUCAAUGAUGCAGAAGGUGAUCAAGACAGUGAAGAUCAUGAAGAAUAUGAUAAUGAAUUGGAGAAGAAAAUAGAGGGAUUCAUAGAAAAGGUUUAUCAGGAAAGGUGGGAGGAGUUCCUGAGAGACAGGUUUCUUUGUAUUUCUGCUGGUUAAUCAGCAAGGUUUAUUUGAUAUGUGUAGAAAUGGCAAGCAUGUAAAGUUUGAAUUUGCCAUUCUGCUGUAUACUACUUGUUUCUCUCCCUCCCUCCCAUCUCCUGCUCACACCAUAUCGUAAAUAUUUGUGAAGCCAUGGAGAGUGGCGGGGGAGGGUGGUUGUGCUUUUCAAGUCUUGAUGGUUGUGUUUCUAAGGACGCUGUUAUGACUGCAAGCUAAUCGUAAGAAUUUGCAUGUAUAUAUGUUCAUAUGAUGAAUACACGUACGUAUGUGUUGAAAAAAAUAAA